AUGGGGGGAAGUGUGGACAACCCCGGCUUGUGUCUCGGAGAAGCUGCAGGACCCGUUGUGGCCUUGACGAGUGCUAGUGUGGCCCGGCUGGCCUUGACGAGUGCUAGUGUGGCCCAACUGGCCUUGACGAGUGCUAGUGUGGCCCGGCUGGCCUUGACGAGUGCUAGUGUGGCCCGGCUGGCCUUGACGAGUGCUAGUGUGGCCCAACUGGCCUUGACGAGUGCUAGUGUGGCCCAACUGGCCUUGACGAGUGCUAGUGUGGCCCGGCUGGCCUUGACGAGUGCUAGUGUGGCCCAACUGGCCUUGACGAGUGCUAGUGUGGCCCAACUGGCCUUGACGAGUGCUAGUGUGGCCCGGCUGGCCUUGACGAGUGCUAGUGUGGCCCAACUGGCCUUGACGAGUGCUAGUGUGGCCCAACUGGCCUUGACGAGUGCUAGUGUGGCCCGGCUGGCCUUGACGAGUGCUAGUGUGGCCCAGCUGUCCUUGACGAGUGCUAGUGUGGCCCAGCUGGCCUUGACGAGUGCUAGUGUGGCCCAGCUGGCCUUGACGAGUGCUAGUGUGGCCCAGCUGGCCUUGACGAGUGCUAGUGUGGCCCAGCUGGCCUUGACGAGUGCUAGUGUGGCCCAGCUGGCCUUGACGAGUGCUAGUGUGGCCCAACUGGCCUUGACGAGUGCUAGUGUGGCCCAACUGGUUACACCUGUGAGCUACGACACACCAGCUGUGAGCUACGACACACCAGCUGUGAGCUACGACACACCAGCUGUGUGCUACGACACACCAGCUGUGAGCUACGACACACCAGCUGUGAGCUACGACACACCAGCUGUGAGCUACGACACACCAGCUGUGAGCUACGACACACCAGCUGUGAGCUACGACACACCAGCUGUGAGCUACGACACACCAGCUGUGAGCUACGACACACCAGCUGUGAGCUACGACACACCACCUGUGAGCUACGACACACCACCUGUGAGCUACGACACACCACCUGUGUGCUACGACACACCACCUGUGUGCUACGACACACCACCUGUGAGCUACGACACACCACCUGUGUGCUACGACACACCAGCUGUGUGCUACGACACACCAGCUGUGAGCUACGACACACCAGCUGUGAGCUACGACACACCACCUGUGUGCUACGACACACCACCUGUGUGCUACGACACACCAGCUGUGAGCUACGACACACCAGCUGUGAGCUACGACACACCAGCUGUGAGCUACGACACACCAGCUGUGUGCUACGACACACCAGCUGUGUGCUACGACACACCAGCUGUGUGCUACGACACACCAGCUGUGUGCUACGACACACCAGCUGUGAGCUACGACACACCAGCUGUGAGCUACGACACACCAGCUGUGAGCUACGACACACCAGCUGUGAGCUACGACACACCAGCUGUGAGCUACGACACACCAGCUGUGUGCUACGACACACCAGCUGUGAGCUACGACACACCAGCUGUGAGCUACGACACACCAGCUGUGAGCUACGACACACCAGCUGUGAGCUACGACACACCACCUGUGUGCUACGACACACCAGCUGUGUGCUACGACACACCACCUGUGUGCUACGACACACCAGCUGUGUGCUACGACACACCAGCUGUGAGCUACGACACACCAGCUGUGAGCUACGACACACCACCUGUGUGCUACGACACACCAGCUGUGUGCUACGACACACCAGCUGUGUGCUACGACACACCAGCUGUGAGCUACGACACACCAGCUGUGAGCUACGACACACCAGCUGUGUGCUACGACACACCACCUGUGUGCUACGACACACCAGCUGUGAGCUACGACACACCAGCUGUGAGCUACGACACACCACCUGUGAGCUACGACACACCAGCUAUGGUACGUGAGGUCGGACACGCACGUUGCACGAGCACGCCUCCACACGUUGCACGAGCACGCCUCCACACGUUGCACGAGCACGCCUCCACACGUUGCACGAGCACGCCUCCACACGUUGCACGAGCACGCCUCCACACGUUGCACGAGCACGCCUCCACACGUUGCACGAGCACGCCUCCACACGUUGCACGAGCACGCCUCCACACGUUGCACGAGCACGCCUCCACACGUUGCACGAGCACGCCUCCACACGUUGCACGAGCACGCCUCCACACGUUGCACGAGCACACGGCCAUACUUAAAAAAAUUGUUUCUAAUGAGCCACAGAAAGAACUUUGUCAGUGUUAG